CACAAUUCAACGAAAUACGACAUCCACGACAGGAUGGGGUUCAAGAUGGUGGGCGAUCAGUCCAAGGUGCUGCUGGGAGUGAUCCUUGGAGCUGGGAUCUGCUACAUCCCUCUUUUCUGGAAGACUCGCCGAGGCCACGACCUCUUCUCACAAGAAAAGCCCGAAGCCGUGUAUGAAGCCGAAGUCAAGAAAGUUUUGGACCCGUACAAGAAAAACUAAGUGUUUACACCAUAGAGAUACGUGCAUUGCUGCUCUUGCGUUCUUUUGAGCACUCGGGUACCAGGGGCCGUCGUGGCCCUGCAACCACGAAAAUACGAUGAGUUGCAGCAGAUAUCGCGAACCAGCUCCUUGUUUCCUAACGAGGACAUGCUAAUCGAAUCGUGACGCAUCUCCAGCGAUGGAAUUGUGCCUGACUUGGUCCAAGAUGGCCGUUGCUGCGACAUUGGACGGGAAUCUGAGG